AUGAGAACUGGAGCAAAACAUCACUCUUAUGUUAAAUUCAUCGACCUUGCUGCAAGGAGGAAGCUUCAAGAUUUGACCAUUGGUCCAAUUAUUAUUUUCACAAUGGAGGCUAUACUAGCUCGCAUGAACAAAUUGCUUGAGAUUCCUGAAUCAAAGAAUCAAGGAAGGAAUGGAAUUAUUCAUUCUCUUUCUGUUUGCAAAUAUUAUUCAAACCAGCGCCAACGACGCAACUGA